CCUUUCCAAAAUAAACAGUUUAUUCCUAACUCCCGAGUCGGCCCGCAUUUAUUGCGUUAGUAUACAUGACGUCGAAAAGUUUUCGUUAAUGGGAAGCUUUUAGCAUUUAUUUAGACUAGCUGUGGAAAUAUUUUGUCGUACACAUGAACGGUACAGUGAAUUACUUUUUACAAGUUCAGUAUCGGUGAAAUAUUUGUGUGUGGCGCGACGUGUUUGCGAGUUUGACGACGCUCGCCGUCGCCGGUAAACGUGACCUAAAAUUGUUUUCCUAAAAUACUCCAGACAGUGUAUCUGCGGCCCUCGCGCCGUUUGCCGUCCACGUGAAUGGCUGUCAACAACAAUGAUCUUUAUAAACAUGAAGAUAAUAUUACUACUCUGUAUAAGCGUUAUUGGUGCUGACGCGGUCAGAAGCAUUAGUUUUCCGAUAGGAGGAUUAUUCAGUCACCUGACUUUGCCGAGUUCGUUGCAAGUUUUUAAGACUAUAGUGAAGGAGACCGGCUCCGGUGCUUUUCACGGAGAACCUUUGGAGACUAAAGUCGUUGAUAGUUACUCAACUGCCUUAGAAUUAUGUCCAUACACUUCAGAUGACAAAGGCGUGGUUGCGUUAAUCGACCCUCGGCCCACAAAUGGAAUUUGCGACAAUACGUGUUUAUUGUGCAAUAGAUACAAUAUACCUCACAUAGCUCUCGGUUGGGAGCCGCCAAAUACCUUGGAAGAGGAUUUAUUCACAUUUCAAUAUUAUCCGCCCCCGGAGUUAAUUUCGAAAGCCUACGCAGCGCUAAUAAAGGAUUUACAAUGGGAUAAAUUUACGAUCCUUUACGAAAAUGAAGACAGUUUUAUUCGUCUUCAAGAAAUUAUAAACUCGUGGCCAAAUGCAGUGGAACCUAUAUUGUUCAGAAAACUCGAUCCGGAUGGCGAUAAUAGAGAGAUCUUCAAACAUGUUUUCAAAGUAGCUAAAAUGAAUUAUCACGUAUUAGAUUGUCAUGUCAAUAAUAUAUAUGGAUACAUGAAAGAAAUUAUACAAGUUGAAAAUGCAACAGAAUAUCAGAGUUUUAUACUAACAAGCCUCGAUGCGUAUACACUUGAUCUGGGAAGCAUCCCUGAUCUUAUGGCAAAUGUUUCAACAUUACACUUGACUAGACAACAUCACGUGAAGUGGAGGGAUUUUGGUAUGGGCCAGGACGAUCAAGUUAUACCGUUAGAAGCAGCCCUCGUAGCAGACUCUUUAAAGCAUAUAGAAAAGGCCAUCGCAAGCAUGCAGAACACGAGUGAUGGUUACCUAAUAAGAUCAAUAAAUUUGCCUACACCUCCAGCUUUAUGUUACCAAGAGUCAAAAGCUGAUUAUGAAUCUAUUGUUUGGCCUUUAGGACAAAGUCUAAGAGAGUCUAUGCUGCAGACUGAAUCAGAAGGUUUCACGGGAAAAAUUGAGUUCGAUGAAAAUGGCAGGAGAACUAAUAUUAUAUUGCUCUUCUCUAAAUUAAAUAAGGAUAGUGAGUUUGUCUACGCGGGUCACUGGGAUUCAAGAACAAAUUUGAUCACAACCGAGAACACUGUUAAAGAUCGGUCUACAGCAUUAAAAUCAAAUUCCAAAAUAAGGAUUGGUACUAUAGAAGGAUUACCGUACUUUCAAACAGUUAACGAUGUUAAUGGAACAUCAUAUCGUGGUUUUGCAGUAGACCUUGUAAAUGCAAUUUUUGAAAGGAUAAAAAUUGAUAACAAAAUUGAAUUUGAAUAUGAAUUCUAUAAGGCAGAUAGUGGUUAUGGUAACCAUAUAACUGGAACGAAGAAGUGGAAUGGCCUAAUAGGAGAUUUGAUGGAACAUAAAGCGGGCCUCGGCGUAUGUGAUUUAACAAUAACAUCAGAACGCAUUUCGGCAGUAGAUUUUUCUGUUCCAUUUAUGACUUUGGGAAUAAGUAUGUUAUUCAAGACGCCUGAACCCCAGGAACCAGAUAUGUUUUCAUUUAUAAAUCCAUUAGCUUUGGACGUGUGGUUAUAUUUGGCUACUACUUACAUCAUAGUGUCGUUUGUUCUACUUAUAUGCGCGAGGAUGAGUCAAGAUGAUUGGGUGAAUCCUCAUCCGUGUAAUCAAAAUCCUGAAAAUUUACAAAACAUAUGGAGUCUUUAUAACUGUAUGUGGUUAACUAUUGGCGCUAUUAUGACGCAAGGAUGUGAUAUUUUACCACGAGCGGCUGGAUCCCGCUGGAUCGCCGGAAUGUGGUGGUUCUUCGCACUGAUUGUGACAGCUUCCUAUACCGCCAAUAUGUCCACCUUCCUUAGUAACAAUCGACGCAGUAACGACAUCACCAACGUAAAAGAACUCUCAGAACAAAACAAAGUUUCCUACGGAGCGGUAUUCAACUCUUCUACAUAUAAGUUCUUCCAAACUUCUAAUGAUUCGGUUUAUUCAAAAAUAUGGACCGUCAUGGAAUCAGCAAGGCCUACUGUAUUUAUGAACAACAAUAUCGAGGGAAUGAACCGAGUUUCGAAAAGUAAAGGAAAAUAUGCGUUUUUUAUGGAGUCCACGGCUAUUGAAUAUUAUACACAAAGAGAUUGUGACCUAAAAAUGGUCGGCUCUAAGCUUGACUCUAAAGAAUAUGGCAUUGCUAUGCCAAAAAAUUAUCCACACAAAACUCUGAUUGACCAUGCCAUUUUAUCUUUACAACAGUUAGGUACACUUUCUAGACUGAAAAAGAAAUGGUGGGAAGAAGAAGAUAUUGCGGUGCAUUGUGAGAAAGGUGAUUCAGAGAAAGAAGACAGCGGUUCCCUUCAGAUGGAAAAUACGAGUGGUAUAUUUUUGGUUCUCGGUUUUGGAGGAAUUCUAGGUCUCUUGGUGGCCAUAAUCGACUUCUUGUUCCAUGUUCGUCAAAUAAGUGUCAAGGAGCGGGUGACUUUCCGCGAAGCGCUAGUAAGUGAAUGGCGGGCAUCCCUUAAUCCUCGGAACUUACACAAGCUAGCAGCACCUCCGAGGUCUGCCCCGCCGUCUACCGCCACACCGUCCCCAGAACGGGAGCGAUCGAGGUCUCGAGCCGUCUCAGUGCUCAGAGCCGCGUCAUCAUUUAUCAACUUUGAUGAAAUUUAUUGAUGACUAUUUUAUUAUAAAAAAUGAAUAGUAGAAAUUGUCUUUGUGUUUAAAAUUAUUAGAAACUUGUGCAUUUAUGUUUUAUGUAAGUGCAUUUUACUAUUUGCGUAAAGUUAAAUUAAAGAAAACAGAGCAUACGAGAAGAAUAAAUAUUUGAUGUUAUAUAGUUACUUAAAGAGAUCAAGAACAAACAGUGUUUUCUGUUAUAUUUUCAUGAUCAUUUACUGUUCAAUUUAAACUAUUUUUUAUGAAAUCUAAUAUAUAUUUACAAACA